UCUGUCGCCUCGGAUGGCCUUGAACUACUUGAACUACUGUGGCAUUACUUGAACUUGUCCAAUCACUUGGACUGAAAUCUGAAAUGUCACGGCAAGGCGCCUUUGCAGGAGCAAUAAGCGCUUCCCCGUUUGGUGCUUGCCCGGCAGCAGCUUCGCCAUUUGCAAAUGCAGGAAACACAGCAACCACUGCGUCACCAUUCGGAGCUCAACCAUCAACCACGGCUUCGCCUUUUGCCUCGGCUACGACAGCACCGUCGGUGUCCCCUUUUGCUGCGGGCGCCAUUGCAACUGGUGCUUCACCCUUUGCAACCACUGGCACCACCACACCAUCUCCAUUUGGACAGACCGCACAAACUGCGUCUCCCUUCUCACAGGGCGUCCAGACUGCUGGACCCUCGCCCUUCACCAGUUCUCAAGCCUCGCCUUUCGCAGCUCCAUCCAGUCACAGUUCCUUCGCUCCAAAAGCUUCGGUUUCCCAAAGUCGGCCCUCCGAAUCACAGUUUGCGCAAAAUGUUCAGGCGUCAGCGGCAGCGGCGUCACCUUUCGGAAGUUCAAAGGCCCCAUCGCCAUUUCUGUCCGCGCCGACCAAUGGAGCAAAUGGUGCGAACGGAGUAAGUGGCGCUCAAGCAGGACAUGGAAGGUCUAUGCCGUCUACGGCUUCGGCCCCUCCUGUAGCCGCCAGCCAGGACAACCCGAUGGAUUUGUUGCGCAAAGUGGGAUGGCAGCUCACCAGCUUUGGCGACAAUCAGGCCACACUUGUAUCCAACGACACCUCCUUCGAGGAACUUCGGUGGACACUGAUGCAGACACCUCGCGAAGAGUGGAAUGCUGUGAGCUCCAAAAAGCUCGAAGAGGCCAAAGAGAAAUUCCAUGCCCUCCAGGUUCAAAUGUCUGGUCAGAUAAGUGCUAGCGGAAGUGCUGAGACAAGUGCCCAGAAGACCUCGCCCUUUGGAACUGCACACCCGAUGGCCUCACCCUUUGCGGCUUCGGGUGCUUCGUCUGCUUCUCCCUUCGCAGCUGCUUCAACUGUUUCAGCUGCACCAGCUGCACCGGCUGCCGCCAGACCUUCAGCAGCCUCUCCUUUCGCUGUCACUUCAACUGCGUCUCCUUUUGGGCCAAGUGCACCUGGAACCGCGUCUCCGGGCCCGUUUGCAACGGGGAAGACCGGAGAUUCUGGAAGAAACGUGUCACCUUUUGCAACUGGGCAAGCACGGUCGACAUCGCCGUUUAGCCAAGUUGCCUCACCAUUUCAAACUUCGUCCUAUGCAGGGGCUCCUUGUGUCGCAGGGUUGGAGCCCAUCAUGUUGAGGCAACAUGAAGAGCGGCACCUUGAUGGAGAGGUCUUGAAGGCUUUUGAGUUGCCUACCUUCGAGUGGCAACGGAUUCCCGAGGUCGAGCCCCCACCAUCAGUUUGCUGAGUAUGGGCUGCUUCGUACCAGCAGCAUCCAGCAUUUGCGGAGACAAAA